AUGUCUCAAGAGAGGAAAAUUACUGCAAACUGGCAGUAUGAAGUUGCUCAGGCCUUUCCUCAAACAGAAGAGGAGGUGGAAGUGGACUCACAUGCAUACAGCCAUAGGUGGAAAAGGAACUUGGACCCUCUCAAGGCAGUAGACACAAACCGAGCAAGCAUUGGCCAAGACUCUCCAGAUCCCAGAGGCUUUACGGACCUGCUACUGGAUGAUGGGCAGGACAACAACACCCAGAUUGAGGAGGAUACAGACCACAAUUAUUAUAUAUCUCGGAUAUAUGGUCCAUCUGAUUCUGCCAGCCGGGAUUUGUGGGUGAAUAUAGACAAAAUGGAAAAAGACAAAGUGAAGAUUCACGGAAUACUGUCUAAUACUCACCGACAAGCUGCAAGAGUGAACCUGUCCUUCGAUUUUCCAUUUUAUGGCCAUUUCCUACGUGAAAUCACUGUGGCAACUGGGGGUUUUAUAUACACUGGAGAAGUUGUACAUCGAAUGCUAACAGCCACACAGUACAUAGCACCUUUAAUGGCAAAUUUCGAUCCCAGUGUAUCCAGAAAUUCAACAGUCAGAUAUUUUGAUAAUGGCACAGCACUUGUUGUGCAGUGGGACCACGUACAUCUCCAGGAUAAUUACAACCUGGGAAGCUUCACAUUCCAGGCAACCCUCCUUAUGGAUGGACGCAUUAUCUUCGGAUACAAAGAAAUUCCUGUCUUGGUCACACAGAUAAGUUCAACCAAUCAUCCAGUGAAAGUGGGCCUGUCUGACGCAUUUGUCGUUGUCCACAGGAUCCAACAAAUUCCCAAUGUUCGAAGAAGAACAAUUUAUGAAUACCACCGAGUAGAGCUACAAAUGUCAAAAAUCACCAACAUUUCAGCUGUGGAGAUGACCCCAUUACCUACAUGUCUCCAGUUUAAUGGUUGUGGUCCCUGUGUGUCCUCUCAGAUUGGCUUCAACUGCAGUUGGUGUAGUAAACUUCAAAGAUGUUCCAGUGGCUUUGAUCGCCAUCGGCAGGACUGGGUGGACAGUGGAUGCCCUGAAGAGUCCAAAGAGAAGAUGUGUGAGAACACAGAACCAGUGGAAGCUUCUUCUCAAACCACUACAGCCAUACGCACAACAACCACACAGUUCAGGGUCUUAACCACCACCAGAAGGGCAGCCACAGCGCAGCUGCCCACCAGCCUGCCCACAGAAGAUGAUACCAAGAUAGCACUACAUCUAAAAGACAAUGGAG